AUGGGGCUACGCUCCUUGAGUUUCUUGGCCAGACUCAGGGUGUCGAAAAUUACAGAUUACGAUGACCCCAAAAGAAAAUCAGAAAAAGACAUGAGCGUCGAUCAGGAAGCCAAAUGCUUCAUCAUAGACCUCCCCACGGAGUUACUGGCUCUCAUAUCCGCGCAGCUGGAUCCCCUCUCCGAGGCAUGCCUGGCAUUGACUUGUAGGCGCUUACUACUCAUUUCUGGGGCAUCGCUUGCCUCCGAGUGUCUAGGAUUCAAAAAGGACUUUGCGCCUCUCUUCCACCACUACAGGUCUUCUCAAAGCUUCGCUACCGAGCGCUGGAAGCUGGUAGAAAGGCUUGAAGACGGGAAAUGGCUAGCUUGCUCUCAAUGUCUCAAACUUCAUCCUCGCACGGCAUUUCCCCCGAAGGAAUUGAGACGCAGCCCUACAACACGGAUGUGCAAUCUCGGGGAAUCAGCGGGGCUGGUCGAUUUGUGUCCAUGCGUGAAGUUGACUUUUCAAGAUAAAGCAAAUCUCGUGAAGCACCUGAGGCAGCGUGAGCUCUUGACGAGGCUGCCUUCAAGUAUCUUCGGAAGUCGCGGUUACGAUGAGAGAUACCUCUGGCACUCAUGCACAGCUUCGUACGGAUCAACCGAUCUCAAAAUUGGCAUAUAUCCCGAGCUCAGAGAUGAUGGGAAGCUCUACAUCCGGACCGAGUAUCGAAUGGAGAUGGAACCAAACAUGCUGGGCAAAGAAAAGCACAUCUCACCCCGCUUUGGCUGUGCGCAUCGGUCAAUGGAUCUGUGGCUAUACAGUGUCUCCCAGACCCUCUACUGCCACCGAUAUGACACGUUCUGCUCGGCAUGCAAGCAGAUAUCAGGCUGCAGUAGAUGUGAUACGACACUGAAAACUCCGCAGAGGAGGCCGCACCACUGCCCAGAGACCAACAAAGUGUCAUACUUUUUCUGGACCCAGAGAUGCCUGGGAAGCUCUACAGAUAUCCCAGACAAGGAGUUUGCGGCGCAAAGGAUACACCCGGUUGAUCCAUAUGUCACCUGGAAAAAUUGUCGAGAACUAUGCCCAUGGACGGCGAGGUUGCAUCCUCCACCAAACCAAGCCCCUGCGCUUGGUAAUGAGAUUCUGGAGCCAGCGCUGGUGGACAAUAAUUUUUGUCUCCAUGGCAGGUUGGAUGGUAUUUCCGUGAUAAACGGGGCCCUUUCACAUGCGUGCAUCCUGACAAAGCCAAACUCCAAGGCAAUGAGUUACCCACCACCUUUCAGCAACGACAACGGGCUACAUCCAUAUCCCUCGCAGUACUUGCAGCAGAUCCCUCAAAAUGCCGCCCAUUCUCGAGCGCCUGCACCGAUUCCUCAAUCGCAACCGCAGUAUAAUGUCGGCGCCAAUGUCCAAUACAUGAACUAUACGACGAAUUCCUUCGCCUACCCUCAACCCUUGGCGCCGUCCUACGCCCCCGCAUAUGGAGGACAGCAUUCACCACCGCAGUCUCUGCCACAUCAGCGAGGAUUGGCACCUACACUUCCUCAAUCGCCUCAACAGCAACAACACCUCUAUCACCAGCAACGACAGCAGCAAUUUGGCUCUCCGGUGACUCAGCAGCACCCGCAUCAACACCACCCCAUGUCGAAAUCCUCACCACAGCAAAAUCAGGCUCUGCAACGGCAACAGCAACAAUAUGGCUCCCCAAUCAUACAACAAACUCAGCCUCCGCAUCGGUCUCUGUCGUAUCCCUCACCACAGGCCGCACAUCACCCUUCACCGCAGCAGAAUCAACCUCAGCUCCAGCCUCAAGUUCAAGUUCAACAACGGCAGCAGCAAUAUACCCCCCCAAUGGUUCAGCAGCAUCAACUUCUACCACAACAAUCACACCAGCCUACUUCGCAGCCUCGACAACAGCAAGCUCAACAACAAGUCCAGCAACCGCCCACACCGCAGCAAGGCCCUCCGAUACAAUUUGUGAACCCGAGUGAUACAUUUACAGAGCCAGUGCGCAGAUUGCCAAUACAUGACGUUGCGGCCAGUGCUAGCCCUUUGUUGCCCUAUCAAAUUGGACCUCCUUUGACUGCACCCGUCACCCCACAGUAUGGCACACUUCCUGCUGUUGCGCCCCCUGCCUCCGUGGUGUCAAAUCAUUCAUCCUAUCCAACCGCUUCCAAUCAGUUACCAAGUAGCCACGAGCAGCAUACACAUAGGCCAGUGGCAUUAGUAAUGCCUCCAAAAAACGAGAAAACAGAUACACCGUCUCGACCAGCCAACCAAAGUCGAAAGUCGUCCACACAACUGGCCUCGCCAUUCAGUCGAACCCCACAAGUCGUCAUUCCAUCUUUGUCUAGUAUUCAAAAGAUGUCAGCACCCAAGGCAUCUAACCAGUCCCCAAUGGCUGCGUCUCAGACAAUCAAAACCCCCCCGAAAACCCGUUUUGACAACGACGUCGACUACCAGACAUUGCUAUUAGCCCUUGCAGAUGAAUACCUGAAUGCUGCGCAUAGCAAAGGAACGAUUCUUGCAUUGUCGAAAAAUGAGGUUGAUCUCAAAGAAUAUUAUAAAUUGGUGGCUACGGGGCUAGGUUGUUUGGAGGCUGCGCUAUCUGUUCGUACACCCAAGCAGUUUGUCCGGCAGGCCUUGACACGAUUACGAUACGCACGCAUACUAAUUGAGGAAACUGACAACGACGUGGCAGCAGAGACAGCGUUGAGUAAAGGAAUUGAAUUAUGUGAACGGAAUAAACUUUUGGAUCUCAAAUAUACGAUGCAACAGCUUUUGGCUCGUAUGCUUCAUAAAUCCAAUCCCAAAGCGGCAGCGAAAGCUGUCGAUAACAUGAUUCAAGACGUUGAAACAUAUCGACAUACACACUGGGAAUACGCCUUUCGCCUGCUGAGAGUCAGCCUUGCGCUGUCGUCUGCAUCUCAUCAAGACUUUGUUGUUGCUAUUAACAAUUUGCAGAAAUUGUCGAACCUCGCCAGUCGCAGCGGCGACAAGCUGGUAUCCGUCAUAGCUGCACUGAUUGAAGCGCUAGCACACUUGCAGCAGUCCACCAGCGCUGAUUCCGUCGAGCAAGCGCAGCACGCAGUGGCGCUGGCGCGGAGUCAUCAAUUGGAUCCGCGCGUGCAAGAGAUUCCUCAGAUUGGCUCCAUGCUUCAGAUGGUUGAUAUCUCAUGUAGUCUGCUCGAGUAUGAUCUGACCCAAGCCUCCCAGAAGUUACAAGUCAUGCAAAGCAUGAUGGACCAGCGAAUAAACGAUUCCCGAUGGCGAGACGAUGGAUCGUUUUCAAUUCCUUUGAAUGCCCAACCUCCUCCAAAACUAGCUGAAAUGGGAGAUAUAUUGAGUGUUGAAGACGGCCAAUUGUGUCUAACAUUACAAUGGCUUCCUCAGCACGACUUAUACUCACUCUGCUACCUGCUAAGCUCAGCGACGCUGGGUGCUAAGAACUCUCACGAUGGGCGCAAAGCUGAAAAAUACCUGCAGGAAGGUCUGCGUAUGCUUCGCGGCAGUUUCAAGGAACCAGAAGAAAAUACCGAGUCCCUCGUGGCUGCUGGAGAACGACUCGAAUGGCGACGAGUUCUACACUGCAACAUACUGCUGCACCUCACAUUUUUAGCAUGCGCACGAACCGAUUGGGAAGCUGCUAGUCAAACGUUAAGAGAUCUUAAAGGCGCUGUUAAGGAAUUGGACAAUGCGCUCCCAGAAACGAUCUCCUGUCUUAUGCAGUACGCUACCGGAGUUAUCGCACAAGGCACUGGGGAUCUCGCAGCGGCAUUAACAGCAUUUGACUCUCCCAUACUCUCACUCACCUCAUCAAUGAACAAAACAAUGCGCAACGACCCUCGCCGCGACACAGCAAUCCUCGCAGGGCUGAACAAAAUCCUCAUAAUCCGGGAACCCGCACAUCCCUCACACUCUCGUCUCGACCAGGUGCUCUCUGUAGUCGAACCUCACUGCCUAGGCAGCUCCAACAAAUACAUACAAGCCGCCUACUAUCUCAUCUGCGCCACGGUGCAUAACGAAUCAACCAUUCAAACCAAACAAUACCUGCAGCAAGCACUCCACUCCGCCACGGCCAUCAGCAACAGCCAAAUCACAUGCAUGACGCUCACGUUCAUGAGCUGGAAGUAUUUUCGCGGCGUGGUCGGCGAGCAGUCGGAAAAAAGUGCGCGCGCCGGUCGAGCAAUGGCCAAAAAGGCAAACGACCGGCUCUGGGUCAGCGUUACGGACCAGAUGUUGGCGGAGACUCUGGAGCGGCAGGGCAAGGCGGAUGAAGCGCGUGUUGUGCGGGAAGAGGCUGACAGGCUGUUGAUGGGAUUACCGACAGCGUUGAAGCGGACUGAAUGUCGGUGA